AUGACUACGAUUAGUCGAUUGAUUAAAUUCGGUCUUCACAUUUACGGUGUAUGGCCAUAUGUACCAUCCACUACAGUGUUCAGAUUGUAUUGGAUCAUAGUGCUAAGCACGGCCCAAGUCUUUCAGUACGGAUACGUAAUAAUGAAUAUUUAUAUGGACGACUUCUCCGAGUACAUGGACGGAGUGAGCAGUGCAAUGACAUCUUCUCUACUUUACAUUAAACUUGUUAUUCUUUGGACCAAUCAACGAAUAUUUUUUGAUGUAUUGCAAAUGAUGUCUGAGGAUUGGCAAGUUCAUACUUCGAAUUGCUAUAACUCACGCAUAAUGACGGAUAUGGCGAAUGUUGCACGUCGCACCUCGAGAUGGAUUGUUGGCAUGCAAAUCGGCUCUGCAACUUUCUACAGUGUUGGCGUACUCGCCGCUAAUGCAAAUAGUCCCGAGAAAUUAGAGCCGUAUGCGCGAGAACUUAUUCUGAAAAUGGAGUUCCCAUUCAACAUUAGUACAGAUUUUAUUUACACAACUGUUCAAACGGUUCAAUUUUAUCACCUAUUUUUAGUCGCCUGCGGUAUUACGAUUAUUAACUCACUUCUCGUCACUUUGAUACUUCAUAUUUGCGGUCAAAUAGACAUUCUUCGAGAAUGGUUGACAAAAAUCUUUUCCAAAAAUUCGGCGGAUUCAAUGGAUGAAAUUACAAUGAAAUCGUUAAUUACAAAGCACCAGCGCAUUAUAAUAUUUGCAGAUAAUAUCGAGACGCUUUACACGUAUAUCGCAAUGAUGAUGCUCUUAUCAGACACGAUCAUUAUAUGUUGUUUAGGAUUUAUUAUAGCCACCUCGCUUGACACACCCAACGCCGCAGCUAUUUUGGUAAAAUCUGUAUUAUUCUACAUCUCAAUGAACGUCGAGGCAUUUAUAUACUGCUUCUGCGGUGAACAUCUAAGCGCUAAGAGCAAAAUGAUUGGAAGUGCGGCGUAUGAUUCUCUCUGGUACAAUUUUCCAGCCAAAGAAAGUCGAACUGUACUCUUUCUUAUUCUGAGAUCGCAAAAAAGAUUAACAAUCACGAGUGGAAAAAUCAUCGACCUUUCUUUAGAACGAUUCACCAGUGUAAUAAAGGCAUCAUUGUCAUAUAUGUCAGUGCUAAUAGCAAUGUAUUCAAGAUAAAUAAUAUAUUCGUAAUUAAUAUGAAUAUGAAACAAUAAUGCCGAAAGUAGAAUUUAGUAA